AUGAACGAAAAACAUAACAUUCCUAUCGUCCAUUCCUCCUACAAAGAUCUUCUUAGCGACCCCUUGAUUGAUGCCAUCUACAUCGCCCUCCCCAACAGUCUCCACUUUAAAUGGGCCCUGCACGCCAUCCGCGCCGGCAAGCAUGUCCUCCUGGAGAAGCUAUCUUGUUUAAACAGUGAAGAAGCCUAUGCACUAUUUAACCACCCCUUAAUCAAAGCGCUUGGUGCCCUUAUUAUCCUGGAAGUAUUCCACUAUCGCUUCCAUCCUGCAUGGCAGGUAUUUCUGUCCUACAUCCACGGUGAUCCUACCGUGGGGCUAGUAAAACAUGCUCUUGCACAGCAGUAUCUUCCCAGGGGAAUAGUCCCGAUUACCGACAUUCGCUGGCGGAGGCUGGCCCUUACUUCCGGCUUCGUGGACGAAAUGGCUACCCGGUUUCGGCUGGCCCAAGUGUGA